CUCUCUCAGCGCGGUCAAUUGAAAGAAGAGGAAAAAAAGGGAUGAAGCCAAACUGAAAUAGCUCUUGCUGUCUCCUGGCAACUAUCCUGACGCAACAAAAAGUCAUAGAGAAAAAAAAUAUAUAGUGCAAAGCAGAGAGAGUGCUUGGCAAUGUGAGACAAGACACAGUCACCACAAUGAGCUGCAGCAUGGGAGGGACCUACACAGCAUCUUGAGGGAAGGAAAGAGAAAACACACAGAAGACAGCCAGUGAAUGUUCUGCCAAGAGACAGGAGCUCUGAUGCCACGAUACAGAUGAGCUGUACACUAUAAUCAAACCGAUGAAUCAGUCAAACUUGUCAAACUCAACUUGAAGACAGGAAGGGAAGACACCGCUUCCACUCUACAUAACCAAACAAGCGGCACAAUGCGCACUUUAUGACUAUUUGUGGUCUAAAGGAUUGCAACCAAGUGGAAUAUUUGCCAUCACCAUGUCUUUACCAAAGAUACAAAUUGAAGACACUGAACAGGAUGGAGAAGGUAACUCAACCCUUCAACCUGAUGACCAUCUGAGAAGCUUGAAGGCCUUAACAGAGAAAUUAAGAUUGGAGACACGUAGACCUUCUUAUCUAGAAUGGAGAGCAAAACUUGAGGAUGAAACAUGGAAGAACCCAAAGGCUUCAGAAGAAGAACAUAAAGUAGAGGCAAAUGAGAAAAAGGAAUCUGGUGAAGAAACAUGCGCCGCUUUGAACAUAACAGAGGUCCACGAAAGUAAAAGUAUUCCAGAAGAGAAGACCCUCACACCAGGAAAAAUACAUGGAUUUGAUAAUAUCGAUGAGGCCUUAAACUGGCUCAGGAAAGAACUCACCGAAAUGCGUCUCCAAGACCAGCAGCUGGCCAGGCAGUUGAUGAGACUCCGUAGUGACAUCAACAAACUGAAGAUUGAACAGACGUGCCACCUCCAUCGACGAAUGCUGAAUGAUGCCACCUACGAGCUAGAGGAGCGAGACGAACUCUCUGACCUUCUCUGCGACUUCCCCCUAAUGUCUUCAUUCGGCCUCUCAACACCUCUGAAACUUAUCGGGGUGACCAAAAUGAACAUUAACACCAGGAGGUUCUCCUUGUGUUAGGAUGCCAUGGUGAAAUCUUAAUUAAAGACAAAACAAGGACAUGAAUCACAUUCGCCCUCAAUGAAAUUUGGGAAAUACAUAUCCUGUUUUGCUGCCUUAAGUUAAUACCAGCUUUUUAAACAAACUGCCUCUGUGACCCCUGCAAAUCAUUGAAAACAGGGCUACUUAAUGUAGAACACUGUAAGGCACACCUAUAAAAUGUAUCUGCCAGUCAGGACAAUCCAUUUGUCAUUGAUCUGCCAAGAUUGUGCUAAAUUUGGGCAUUAGUGGUGUUAAACCAAACUGCAUUAUAAGAAAACGGGAUAGGUAAAAAAACUGAAAAAAUACCUACUAUGUUACAAAUUUUACAAUAAUUUAAGGUAUGUGUUUAUAGCAAGCAGAGAUUAUUAUUAAUGAUACAGAGAGCAUCUAAGAAAAAAAUCGAAAUAAUUCUGAAGGUGGUAGUUAGAUAUAGUUAUCAAAGAAACGCACUUUCUAAUACUGACCGAAUAUAUUAUGGUAUAGAAUGUCAAUGCGAAAUAUUCAGAAAGCAUUGACUUAUCACUAAUUACCUAUUUUUUUCCAAGCCAAUAACUAAGUCCAAACUUGUUUGUCUGUUGUCCAAUGCAUCCAUAACUAGGGACAUUUUGAAGGAGAUACGCAAUCAUUGAAAAGUUGGUGAAAUAUCCCCAUUGAUUAGCUUGGGAAUUAAGCAUCAUUGAAUCGUGCUGAAAUAUCAUCAAUGUAUCACACAA